CCCUUUUGUCCGCUUGCAGCCGAGUUAUUUCCUGCAAGCCUUGUGCCACUGUGAUGCAAAGGAACUUGAAGGCCACAUAAUUAGCGGUUACGUUGGGCCGCCAAGGACGCCAAGCAGGUUAUAUGACUCCAGUCUAGGUAGUCGCACAACAGAUCCUAGCAUUCAAUCAUCCAUUGCAGUUGGUUCAACAAUAAAUAGCCUUAUACUUUCGAAUCAUUUAUGGCAGGGACGCGGGCUUUGAUUACAGAAGAACCAAAUAAUGAGGUGAAGUUCUUGAUUGGGAAAGAGUUUUUUGGUGACGGGUUCUCCCACACAGAUGGAUUCGCACGAUUUGCCUCGUACUUUGAAUUUCACGCGAAGGAAGUUAGGGAACUCCAAUUCAGCCGUUUCCAGGGAGCGAAUCAGACUGCAGAGCUUGCCAUCAAAACUUAUCAGGAUUUGGCUGAUGUUAUUCACGUUCUUCGCGAGAAUCCAGCCUACACCCGUCCAGAUAUCCGCGCGGAACUGCAAAAGAAGCUCUCGCAUAAUGGAGAUGUAGCCAUUAAUAGAGCGAUUGACAUAUGUUUAAGGUGGUGGCUCAUGCUCAAUUUGCGAGAAGAUAUGUUUAAGGGACUUGGAAGUGGCCGACCGAGCUUUCAAUGGGACGACAGCACGCAGUUAAGGAACUACGUGGGCGAACUGUUCCCACGAUCCAAAUGGCAACUAGGUCGCAAGGAAAGCCGCCUCGCUCCUGAAUUCACUGUGGCCUAUAUGCACAAUGUUUGUAAACUCAGGAUACGUUGGACGUCAAGCCUAGAAGAUCACUUGCGACUACAAAUUAGGGACGAGAAGACCUUGUGGAUUUUCCCCUACAAGGCUUGUCUUGUGGCCUGGCUUCACGGCAGAAACAGCAACAAGGAUGCAUGCGCUUCACUGCUAUCCCGCGAACUCCUUAGGGAGACGAUUCGUUCAUUGAACCUACUAUUUCCAGUGGGUACCAAGGCGGACGACACUGAGAAGUUUCUCCACGAGGAGGCCCAAACUUUUCAGUCUAUUGGACCAUUUGAAUCCUCAAAUUCACUGAUGGAUUUCGAUCACUGGAGAGACAGACUAUUGGACUUACAUGAAAUGGUCUUUUUGAAUCAGCCAUUUACCAUAAAGCGCUUUUGGCAAGGGCUGCAAGAUCCUGAGAAGUUCAUGAAUUUCUGGGUCGUGCUAGUCCUGAUCUCCGGCUUAACACUUGUUUCCACCAUUGCGAGCAUCAUACAGGCGGUGAAGGCUUUCCAGGCUUGA